GAUAAUUUAGGCUGCAACCCACCCGAGCACAUUCACCCAUCCAUCCUUCACACCCCACUCACAAACUCUCACCACCACAAUGUCUGUUUCCGACGACGCAAAGAGACUCGAAAAGGCCUUCGUCAAAGAAGCAAAGGCUGACGACAAGCAGGUCUCCGGCGCCAUCAAGCAUCUCAAAGCUGCCGAGAAGGCAGAGACUAAGGCCCACAAGGCCGUAGACCACGCCAUCUCGACCGGCGAGAAAACAGAGAAGAAAGAGCACAAGACGGCUCAGAAGUUAAACGCGGCCGAUCAUGCCCACAACGUCGCCGUCCAGAACGCGCAGAAGGCGGAGAAAGAAAUCAAGAUGACCCAUGAGCGAGAAGCACGUCUCCACCAGGAAACUCUCGCCAGGAAAACAGAGCUCGAACAGGUGCAGGAGCGUAAGGCCUCCGCCGACCUCCAGCGCAACAACACGCUGGAUAAGGUGCUGCACCCCAAGAGCGCCGAAGAAGGAAACGCAAUUUCGCCCACUCAGCCGACGACUGAGUCUCCUACUUCGAUCUACCACCCUACUAACGGUGUGGCGUGAUGCAGUGGAUUUCCGUCUGCUACCUAUGAAGUUUCUCUUUCUUUUUCUUUCUUCGACCGUGGAAGUAUGACAUCUUCAGCCUAUUUCAUCCUCUCUUAUGCUUCAUACCCACAAUUCCGAUUCCUUCCUCUCGAGUCCUCUUUCUUGGGGGUCUAAUCCUGUUCGUGUACACAUCUGCACUGUAUCAAGGCAACCUUGUACUAGUAUCGGUAUCGAUCACUGUCCUGUAGCUAUUCU